AUGGCGUCCGAUAUGACGGCGCCCAUCCUGGACGCCCUGUCCUCGGCCGACGGGCCCAUCCUCUCCUCCGACGCCUUCCCCUCCACCCCCUCACUGACGAUAAAAGCCGCGCUCGACCGUCUGGCGUCGAGGUCCAUGGUGACCUACGACACCAUCGACAGGGAAGUCGUCGUUCUGACUCCCGAAGGUGAAGAUAUCGCCGCCAAUGGCAGUCACGAAGCCAAGGUGUUCCAGGCUGUCGCGGCCGCCCUGGACGGGCUAAAGAUCUCCGAUCUGCCCUGCAUCGUGGGCAAGGACAGCGCCAAGGUUGGCCAGGGAAAUGCCUUCAAGAGAGGGUGGAUCAAGAAGGACAAGGAUCUGCUGAGACCGAACACCGAGUCGAUCCACGACGAGACCAAGGAACAGCUGCAGACCAUCAAAGAGACGCAAACACACCCAGACGCCAAGGUGGUGGCGGAUCUGAAAAAGAGGAAGCUGGUCACGACGCAGAAGGCGAUCAGCUUCAAGAUUUCCAAGGGCCCCAAGUAUGCCAGGCAGUUCGUCAAGGAGGAGACCGACCUGACGGCAGAGAUGCUGGCCGACGGGUCGUGGAAGACGGCCAGCUUCAAGCCGUAUAACUUCAAGGCCAAGGGCGCUCCCACCCCGAGCGGAGCACUGCAUCCCCUCAACAAGGUGCGCCAGGAGUUCAGGAACAUCUUCUUCGAGAUGGGCUUUGAAGAGAUGCCGACGAACCGCUUCGUCGAGACCGGCUUCUGGAACUUCGAUGCCCUCUUCGUGCCGCAACAGCAUCCUGCCCGUGACCUGCAGGAUACCUUCUAUAUUUCCGACCCCGCGAAGGCCGAUCCCCCUCGGGAAGAUCCCCCCAACAACCCGCAUCUGAAGCCUGCGGAGAAGCCGCGCGACUACAAAGAGUACUGGGAGAAUGUGCGGCAGGUCCACGAGACGGGCAAAUACGGUUCCAUCGGGUACCGAUAUCCGUGGAGCGCGGACGAGUCGCUGCGCCUGCUCCUCCGAACGCACACGACGUCCGUGUCGACCUACAUGCUGCACAAGCUGGCCGCGAACCCGCGACCGGCGCGCUACUUCAGUAUCGACCGCGUGUUCCGGAACGAAGCGGUGGACGCAACCCACCUGGCGGAGUUCCAUCAGAUCGAGGGUGUCAUUGCCGACUUUGGGCUGACACUGGGCGGGCUGAUCGGGUUCAUGGAGGUGUUCUUCGCCAAGAUGGGCAUUCACCGGCUGCGCUUCAAGCCGGCGUACAACCCGUACACCGAGCCCAGCAUGGAGAUUUUUGGCUAUCACACCGGCCUAGGGAAAUGGGUCGAGAUCGGCAACAGCGGCAUGUUCCGGCCGGAGAUGUUGGAGCCGAUGGGAAUCCCGAAGGAUAUGAGAGUGUAUGGGUGGGGGUUGAGUCUUGAGCGACCGACCAUGAUUAAAUACGGAGUCAGCAACAUCCGAGACCUUCUCGGCCACAAAGUCGACCUCAACUUUAUCGAGACGAACCCAGCCGUGCGGUUGGAGAAGGAUUAA